CUCUGUGGAACCCCAACUGCGAAAAUUCUGCGGAGCCUCGUCAGCCGUAUUUGAGUUACAAGUCAUCAGGUCAGGAUCAGGCUGCAUGGAUGCCUAUCACUGGACGAAGUGCGACUGCGAACAAUCCAGGGGCGAAAACGGCCCCCAAAUCCAACUGACAAGGCAUACUUAAAUGGCAUGUUUGCCCAUUAUCCCAUUAUUUUGGAAUGUUAUUUUCGUGCUUACACACUAUCUUGCAAUUACUGCAACGAAUUUUUGGGACUAUCGAAAUGUCGAGUUCUCAAUUCAGACAAAUGUCAUCAAAGACAACUUUGGCUCGUCCGACACCAGGUCUGGGCCCUCAAGAGCCGAGCCCAUCAUCACACAAGGCUCCAAGCAACGGCGGAAGCAGAGCUACACCGCGCUUCCUUUCCGACCUGAUCAACACAGAUAGGUUGAGGGAAAGAGCGGCGCAGGUUGAAACGCCGCCAAUGUCUGUAAACGAGGUUGUCCCUCAACACCUCCGGAUUCCACGGUCUAAGACUCCGUUCCACCACAAUCCACGGGUCAAGUCGCCGUGGAACGGAGCGCAUCUGCCUAGGCAGGGCCAGAGUGAAGUUGAGUGGUGGUGGAAUCUGCCGGACCCGUAUUCGUCAAACAAGAGACCCAAAGGCUUUCAUUAAUACAGCAGAAGAAAGGGAGAAAGGGGGUUUGGAAAUCUCAACUCAACUUUGGUCUCAUGUUAACACCCUAUGCGCCAACCAACGUCUAUCAGAUGGUAUCAUCAAAC